GAGAGAGCGGGCCAGCAGCGGGUGGGGAGCGUGUGCUUGGAGCGCUCGGAGUGAGAUGCUGACAGAUCGCUCCUCUAUGUGCAAGAUGGCGCAAGCGCCGCGUCCCCAGCAGCCCCAACGCUCCUAGGCAGCGGCAUGCGGCCCCAGCCUCCAACCGCCCGGGCUCGGCCGCGGCCCGGGCCCCGAUCUCGGUCUCGACGCCGUCCCAGAGGGGCGUAGUGAGAACAUUAACCGGCCCGGAGCAGAGCGGAGAAAAGCAGAGCAGAGCGCCCCAUGGCUCCGCCGCGCCCCGCGCUCCUGCGCCCUCGCUUCUGGCUGCUGCUGCUUCGGUUGCUGCUGCUGCAGCUCGUUCUCGGAAGCGACCUAGGUCACGCCACAGAGUUGGCAUUCACUGUGGAACCAAGCGACGAGAUUGUUGUACCUGAGAGGUCAGUGGUGCUGGGCUGCCGAGCAGAAGGUACACCACCCAUCCGGGUCACCUGGAGGAAGAAUGGAGUGGAACUUCCAGAGAGUUCCCAUGCCCUUGUGCUGGCCAAUGGUUCACUGCUCCUCCCUAGUUUCCGGCCAGAUAGAGGAACUGGUCCUUCUGAUGAGGGAGACUAUGAUUGUGUGGCCCAGAAUAGAUUUGGGUUGGUGGUCAGCCGAAAAGCCCGAAUUCAGGCUGCAACCAUGUCGGACUUUCAUGUGCACCCACAGGCCACGGUGGGUGAGGAGGGUGGAGUGGCCAGGUUCCAGUGCCAGAUCCACGGGCUGCCCAAGCCCCUCAUCUUGUGGGAGAAGAACCAUAUCCAUAUCCCCAUUGACACGAGGAAUGACAGGUACACUCUGCUGCCCAAGGGUGUCCUGCAGAUCACAGGGCUUCGGGCCGAGGACAGCGGCAUCUUUCACUGCGUGGCCUCCAAUAUCGCCAGUGUCCGAGUCAGCCGGGGAGCCAGCCUCACCGUGUCAGGCUCCGGCUCCGGUGCCUACAAGGAGCCGACAAUCCUCGUGGGGCCUGAGAACCUGACCCUGACUGUGCACCAGACUGCUGUGUUGGAGUGUGUUGCCACAGGCAACCCCCGCCCCAUCGUGUCCUGGAGCCGCCUUGAUGGCCGCCCCAUUGGAGUAGAGGGGAUUCAAGUACUGGGGACGGGGAACCUCAUUAUCUCCGACGUCACUGUCCAGCACUCCGGGGUCUAUGUCUGUGCUGCCAACAGACCUGGCACAAGGGUGCGACGUACAGCACAGGGCCGGCUUGUGGUUCAAGCCCCUGCAGAAUUCAUCCAGCAUCCCCAGUCCAUCUCUCGCCCAGCUGGAACCACAGCGAUGUUUACCUGCCAGGCCCAGGGGGAGCCACCCCCCCAUGUUACAUGGCUGAAGAAUGGACAGGUCCUGGGCCCUGGAGGCCAUGUUCGUCUCAGGAACAAUAACAGCACGCUGACCAUUUCUGGGAUUGGCCCUGAGGAUGAGGCUAUCUACCAAUGUGUGGCAGAGAACAGUGCUGGCUCCUCUCAGGCCAGUGCCCGACUGACUGUGCUGUGGGCUGAGGGCCUCCCAGGGCCUCCCCGGGAUGUACGUGCCGUCUCUGUGUCUGCCACUUCUGUCCGUGUGUCCUGGAGUGAGCCACUGCUAAAUACCAAGGAGAUCAUUGGCUAUGUCCUACACAUCAGGAAGGCAGCAGAUCCUCCUGAGCUAGAAUACCAAGAGGCUGUUAGCAAAAGCACCUUCCAGCAGCUGGUGAGUGACCUGGAACCUUCCACCAGCUAUAGCUUCUACAUCAAGGCUUACACCCCUCGAGGAGCCAGCUUGGCCUCUGUCCCCACCCUGGUCAGCACUCUGGGAGAGGUCCCUGCCCCACCCCCACUCUCCAUCCGGGUUCUGAGUAGCAACUCUGUCCAGCUCCUGUGGGAGCUGCCCCCCAAGCUGACACACGCCGAGGGUGGCUUCAAGCUUUUUUACCGCCCAGCAAGUCAAGCGCUCUUCACGGGUCCCAUCGUGCUGCCAGGAGCUCUCACAGCCUACAACAUCACCCAACUGGAUCCAACUGAGGUGUACGAGGUAAAGCUCCAAGCCUACAAUCAACACGGAGAUGGCAAUGCCACCAUCCGAUUCGUGUCCCUGAGGGGAGCCUCUGAAAGGACAGCACUGAGCCCCCCCUGUGACUGCAGGAAAGAUGAGACGAGCAAUAAGACCUCCGCCACAGGCAUCAUCAUCGGCAUCCACAUCGGAGUCACCUGCAUCAUCUUUUGUGUCCUCUUCCUUAUGUUUGGCUACAGGGGCAGGCUCCUCCAGUGUAAGGAUGUAGAAGACCAACUGUCCCCACCCCAGGGGCCCCGGAGCCAGAGGGACCUAGGUAUUCUGGCUCUGAAUGGAAUGGCCCAAGGGGACCGAGGCCAGAUCAAUGGGGAUGAGAAACGUCUGGAUUUGAAUGAACUAGAACAACUAUUCCCACUCUCUCUGGGUUCAGGGCAGCAGGGUGCAAGGCUGAUGCUGGACCCUGGAUCCCCUGAGCCAUGUGAUGAGACUCAGCUCUCCUCCCUCCCUCCUGAUGAGCUUAGCGUCCUGGAAGAACAGAUGGCUGAGACGUCCUGUCUGGCUGCAGGCACCCCAGCCCACCGGGAUGAAGUGACCAGCCCCAGCCCCAGCAAUGAAGGAUAGUUUGCCACGCCUCACUAUAUGCCCCUAAGACGCCCCAGCCAGCCGCAUCUGGAUGGACUUGGGCUUUGAAUGGUGACUUCUUCAAUCUCAGGUCAAAUGAAAGAUUUCUUCUGUCAAGAUGGGUCUGACCAGAGACUCCAAGAGCAUGCAUGCCUUCUGAACUUGUCUGGGCUGGAGGCCACUGCCAAGGUAUAUGCCCAGGAUACCUUCAGGUCACUUGGGCCUGAUCCUCCUAUAAGAGAUGCUUCCAUGGGAGUCGUGGGGAGAGGGAGUCUCCCCUGGCCAUCCUUGUAGCCAGCUCCCUGAUACCCUCAUGACUCAAGAUCAAUUUUCUUAAAAAAAGAAAGAAAAACAAAAACAAAAAAGAGAGAAAGAGAGAGAGAAAGAGAGAAAGAAAGAAAAGAAGGUGAAUCCUUCCAAAGUGACUCCAAAAAUAUACUCCUUCUUCCCUCAUCAUCUUUGGCCCUGGCCGGGUCCCUCUAAUACUGUUUUUCCCUGAUGGACUCCGUCCCACCCCGGCCAAGUGGCUCUGUUCACUUCCUCUUUUUCUCAGGAUGGUUUUUGGCUGUUUUGACUCUUGACUACAAAGCGUGAGAGGCACCUCAGCACCUACCUCAGCCGGAAUGAAUGUCCUUGGGGGAGGGGAGGUCCAAGGACCCACCCCUCCAACCCCAUAGAGCCCUUUAGGCGCUUGGUCCUUGCUCUAUCCUACCUCAGGUCCUGGCUCUGGGCCCCUAAGCUCCAGGGCCUUGUUUAGUCCAGAUAUAAAGAGAAAAAAGAAAAGGAAAAAAAAGCACUUCCAGGCGCAAAAGCAAAACUUUUUCUACCUCAAGGUUCACUCCAGGUCACUUAUUCAUGUCCCUGGACCUCCUGUCCUCCUCCUUUGGUCUUCCUUCUCCCCUUUUCUGUCUCCAGUUGAGCCAUCCAUGUUGGAGAUGGUUCCCUGGAUCUGCUGUGAGAGGAGAGGAGAAAGGGUAGACAGAGUUACCUAUUCCAUGGAGACUCUAUCCUUCCUUUUUCUCUCAUUCUCCACCCCACUCCUGCCCUUGCAUAAAGACGACUUUAAAAAAAAGGAAAAAAGGAAAAAAAUGGGUCUGAAAACCCUGAUGACAAAUUAUCAUUACUCCCCGCAAAAUGAACCACCUCGUACCUAAUAUCACUCCUAGAUACUCCCUUUUCUCUUCUGUCUAGUCUCCAAACUCUCCAUCCCAUCUAUCUCCAUUCCAUUACAAUUUCAUAUCCAUCCUCCCUCCAAACAUACCUUCAUUGGCCUCUAUUUCAUCCCCUGACCAACUCAUUUCACUGAACUCUCAUCCCCAUGCCCAAUCCUAGCACCCCCUCUACUUUAUUCCUACCAGUCCCAGAGUGGUACCUCUCUCCCACCUCCAUUUUGCUCCCAUCUGGGCAUGGGUCCCAAGUGAUUGGAGGCGGAUGGAGUAGAUACCCUAGAAUGUACUAUGAUUGCGAUGAGUGUGUAUAUGUGUGUGUGUGUUAAUGUGCAUGCCCAGGCAAAGACCCCUGGGACACCAGCCAGGCCUACCCAUCCCACCCCACCGCUGGGCUGCUGGCAUGGCCUCCAUUGCCAGAUAUUGGGCUGAAGCUAUUUUUAAAUGAUGGCAUGUUCAAGGUUUGGAUUUUCAUGGUCUGUUUGGGUUUUGUUUGGUUUUGUUGGUGAUUAUUCAACAAACAGAAAUGAGAAGAAACAAAAUAACUAUUUUUGAUUAAGCACAGAAACAUUUUUUUAAAUAGCAAAAAGAAAAAAAAGGCAACCCCAUCCCUUUAAAAAAAAGUACCCCUCAAGUAUGAGAGAUUAGAUUCUUAGGGUCCUGCCCUCCAACCUCACCCUAUUCCCUCAUUAGCUAAUUAGGUCAAAGAAUCGUGGCGUUGUUAUAGCAGUAGGGUUGUGUGUCCAUGGGGUUUCAAUGGGUAAUAAUACAGUGACAAAGGUGCUCCUCUUCUCCUAGGUGCUCUGUUGGCAAGCAGGGGCUCUCAGAGCAUCCUGAUCUCAUUGACCACCAAAGUCCAGGAGACUGGAGGGUUGGGUCCACAUAAGACUGCUUCUUUCAUGACAAAAAUUCUUAUCUUUCCUUCCACCUCCAAUCCCUGUUUCUACCCUUCCUGGGGUGAUGGAGCAGAAAUAGAGAGUACUGGAGAGGAAAAAGGGAGAGAAGGAAGGGGAGCUGGAGCCCUGGGCUACCUAGGAAUUUCUUGCUGUCUGCUCUGUCUGACUGAAUAAAGUCCUGUUGCCAAAGUGAA